AUGCACGCACAGCCAAACACCACUCUGCCGGCGGACACAGUCGCGCUGCUGUCGUUCAAGGCGUCGCUCGCCGAUGCCGGCGCGGCGCUGCCUGCAUGGGGCGACGGCACCGACCCAUGCGGGGCGGCGUGGACCGGUGUGAUCUGCGUGUGCAGCCAGAUCAGAUCGAUCGCCGUGACAGCAUGCAUUGACGACGCGCUGACCGCGCCGUACACAAGGGUGCGGGCGCUGGACCUGGGCUCGAUCACCACCGGGGCGCAGCCGCUGCAAGGCAGCAUCAGCGCGGGGCUGGGGGGUCUGUCGGAGCUGGUGCUGCUCGACCUGUCUCAGAACAAGCUCACGGGCACCGUGCCGCAGGAGCUGUCCCAGCUCACGCGGCUCCAGUGGCUGGCGCUCGGGGGCAACGCACUGUCUGGCGCGCCGCCGGCCUUUCUAGGUGCACUGCCAGACCUAAAGGGGGCGCGGCUUGGUGGCAACCAGCUGGCUGGCCCGCUGCCCGAGGACUGGUGCGCUAACAACGCCACAUACUCGGUCAACGGGAACGCAAACCUUUGCGGCAUCGUCCCGACUUGCCUCGAGGCGCGCGGCAUCGUCGGUCCGGACGCAAUAGCCGGGACGUUCCUCAUCCCCACCGCCAACAUGUCGCUCGACAGCGGCGGCCUCUGUGACGCGUCGCCGCCGCAGUGCGACCCCAUCAUUGGCUGCUGGGUGGCCGUGCCGCCGUUCACGUCGGUGCGGCUCAUCACGUUCAAUUUCACGGGGUUCACCGACGCCGACUCUGGGCCGCUGAGCUACCAGUGGGGCAUCGGGUCGGCGCCGGGGCUGGCCGAUGUACUGCCGCUCAUGGCAUACGAUGGCACGGAAGUGGCGCACAACAUGACGAGCCUCACGCUGAUGGACGGCCUCAGCUACUACGUAACGGUGGUUGCCACCAACCGGGCCGGCCCCCGGCUGUCGUUCAACGUCAGCAGCCAGAACUUCAUCGUGGACACCUCGCCGCCGCUGCCGGCGGCUGUUUACAACACGGACGAAUGGCAGCAGCAGGCAACGACCAGCGGCGUCCGCCACCUGGGUGCGUCGUGGGACAACUUCACGGACCCCCAGUCAAACAUCAGCGGCUACUACGUCCAGUUUUGGAGCCAGGGCGCCGACCAGCCGGGCGCUGCAAGUGGCAGCGGCAACGGCAGCAGCGGCAGCGGCAGCGGCGUGGCUGGCGUUGACCCCGACGUGCUGGUGGUGGCGCCGAACGCGACGCAGUUGAUCAAGUACCCGGUGCGCACCAUGAACGACAGCGUGCAGUACUUUGCCACCGUCACAGCCGUCAACCGCGCCGGCCUCAACACCAGCGUCUCAGGGCUGCCCAUCAAGGUUGACACGACCUCCGGCAUGACCCUCCACGCGGGCACCAUGGCGCUCAUCACCGUCCUCGUCAGCCUCGCCUGCCUGGCCAUCGGCGCCGGGCUGGCCAUCCUCGUCACGCGCGCGCGGAUGCACCAGCAGCGGCGGCGCGACAAGGAGCGGGUCAUGACGUCGAAGCAGAUCCAGUCGCUGAUGGACGCGCUGAUGUCAACUGCCGAUGAUUACCAGGGGCCGCCCGCGGGUGGGAGCUUCACUACAAGGCCGGCGCGCGGUGGCAGGCGCUCCACCUACGAGCAGCUCAAGGAGUCCGAAGAGUUUGCAUUCGUUGUGACCGACAUUGAGAGCAGCACAGAGCUCAGCCAGCAGGACCCCAUUGCCUUCCAGCAGAUGCAGGAGAUCCACGACUCAAUAAUGCGGGAGGGCAUCGCCAAGCACGGCGGCUACGAGAUCAUCACAGAGGGCGACUCCUUCACCAUCGCAUUCACCACAGUCCACGCGGCGUCCAGCUUCUGCCUGGGGGUGCAGUACCGCCUGCUGGAGACCAGCUGGCCGCGCAGGGUGCUGCGGCUGAGGAGCUGCAGGCCCGUGUCCAGGGGCGACAGCAACACGCGGGUCCUGAUCUUCCAGGGCCCGCGCGUCCGCAUGGGCCUCCACUGGGCGCGCCGCGGCACCGUGGUGCACCGCCUGCACCACAUCACGCGCCACAGGAUCUUCGCGGGGCCCGGCAUGCAGCACGCCCAAGACAUCGGGGAGGCGGCCCACGGCGGCCAGGUGCUCAUCUCCCACGAGGCCUGGGAGGAGCUGUCAAAGAACAUGUCCGCGGGCAGCUGGCCCGUGGUGCAGCUGCUGGGGCUGUUCCACCCUCCCAUGCAUCGGGGAAUGCGACCCCUCACCUCACGCGUGCAUGCAAUACAAUAA